AUGCAAUUGAGUAGAUUGUUGACUUUUUCUUUGGUAUCUGUGACGGCAGUUCUGGGAAUUGCAGUCAAACAGCCUCAUAUUUCGUUUCCAAAGUCUGAUAAGAGACCAUUGGCACUAGGCCCAAUAACCCAUGAGUUUGUAAAGGCUAAGAAACCUAUUACCUGCGAUCUGCCCAAUGACACAGUUGAGUUUGGCUUCACCAUCGGAGCAGACGAGAAGCCGGAAAGAGCAUUUUUGAUAGUGGGGUCAAACAAACACCGUGUCGAAAUACCCAUAAAGCCAACAAUCAAGAACAACGGUGAGCUUUCAAUGUACAAAUUCAGUAUCGCCAUCGAUAAAUUACCUACAAGUUUGAUACAUUUUGCAACAACCGAGAAGGAGUCUCUAACGGCCUCUUUGCUCUUGGCAAGCGAGAAUGGUGGCGCCAACAACGUAUAUGUGGAAUUAUUUGAUUUGAACCUUGUUUUCACACCAGAAAAGGAGACUUCGCUCCCCAAGAGAUUCGGAGCUUUACCCGAAAUACACCAUAUUUUCCAUUCCGAUCCCAAGAUGGUAUCCCCAUGGUUUGCUCAAGUAUUCUCGUUGGCCGUGAUUGGUUGUCUAGUAGGACUAGUAUUGGUAUGGUUCGGCACCGUCUCCUUUGAUCUAAGAAAAGUGACAAAUUCUAUUUACUCUCUGGGUUUUAUUGGCUGUCUGAUUGCCUUAGAAUAUGUUUUCUGCCAAUACUACCUCGGUACGAGUAUCUUUAAAACCUUGAGAGAUACAUUUUAUAUCGCUGGCCCUGGUAUCUGGCUUGGCUCAAAGCUCUUGAGCAGACUUUGA